UAGGACAGUGUUGGGAUGGAACAGGGCAGAGAAUGCAUCAGACUCUGAGCAUAGCCUGAAGGGGGAUCUGAUGGCUUUUUCACAUCCAUGUAUGAAAGAAAAGAGUGAGGGAAGUCUCCAAGAUUUGAUGAUGGAAGAACUUGAAGAAUAGGAGCGUCAUUUGCUGAGAUGGAUAAAACCAUACCUGGAAUGGGAGAGGACAGGGAAGGAUGAGAUCGACAAAGUAUGUUUGAGAUCCCUGUUAAACAGCCAGGUGAAGUCAAGCAGAUGAGGACACAGGAGAGAAAUCCAGGUUGGAGACACACAUGUGGGGGCCAUUGGCAAGCCACAUGGUAUCCAAGCUAUGACAGUUGUUGAGAUAAUGUACAGAGUGAACAUGGAUAAAGAUGAGGAGGAAUAAGCAAAAGAGAUGGAAAACAAGAGGAAAACCAGGCAAAAGUGGUAUGCUGGGACCAAGCAAAGCAAAGAAUUAAAAGAGCGUUCAUCAAGCCCAUGUGAGCUCCAUUUCUCUCUGCUUGGCUGAAGCAACAAUUUUCUGUCACUCCUGGGCAUAAACCUGCCUCAUGCCCCUUGGACUGAAAGUGCAAAUCGAGUUGGCCUCAAAUGCUUUAGUGUUGUAAAGUCCAUCAACUUAGCUAGGAGGAUUGAUGUUACCCUUGGCUGUAGGAAUUCUGGAGCUGCUGGUUGGAGAGGAGGGUGGAUCAAGCUCUCCCUAGAAAGACAUCCUGAGAGGAAUUGGCAGGUCUGAACAUGUAUUGGCUGCGAAAACUUCAGAGACUUUGCACCCUGUGGGGUACUCAGAUGCCCAGCCACACUCUCCACAUUAAUAAUAGGAAACUGGUGUCUGUGCAGUGGGGCCACCAGGAAGCUCCACCCACGUUUAACUUCGCUAGAGAUGUGAUGGAUCACUGGGCUGAGAUGGAGAAGGUUGGCAAGCGACCCCCAGGCCCAGCCCUGUGGUGGAUAAGUGGGAAUGGAAAGGAAGUGAUGUGGAACUUCAGAGAACUGAGUGAAAUCAGCCAGCAGGCAGCCAACGUCCUCUCGGAAGCCUGUGGCCUGCAGCGUGGGGACCGUGUGGCAGUGGUGCUGCCCCGAGUACCUGAGUGGGGGCUGGUGGUACUGGGCUGCAUUCGAGCAGGCCUCGUCUUUAUGCCUGGGACCAUCCAGAUGAAAUCCGCCGACAUCCUGUAUAGGCUGCAGAUGUCUAAGGCCAAGGCUAUUGUGGCUGGGGAUGAAGUGGUCCAAGAAGUGGACAUGGUGGCAUCUAAAUGUCCUUCUCUGAGAAUUAAGCUACUGGUGUCUGAGAAAAGCUGCGAUGGGUGGCUGAACUUCAAGAAACUACUAAAGGAGGCAUCCACCAUUCAUCACUGUGUGGUGACUGAAAGCCAGGAAACAUCUGCCAUCUUCUUCACUAGUGGGACCAGUGGUCUUCCCAAGAUGGCAGAACAUUCCCAUUCGAGCCUGGGCCUUAAGGCCAAGAUGGAUGCUGGCUGGUCAGGACUGCAAGCCUCUGAUGUAUUCUGGACCAUAGCAGACACAGGCUGGAUACUGAACUUCAUAGGCUCAUUCGAGUCUUGGGCAACAGGAGCAUGCGCAUUUGUUCAUCUUUUGCCAAAGUUUGACCCACUGAUUAUUCUAAAGACACUGUCCAGCUACCCAGUCAAAACCAUGUUGGGUGCCCCCAUUGUUUACCGGAUGUUGCUUCAGCAGGAUCUUUCCAGUUACAAGUUCCCCCAUCUACAGAACUGCUUAACUGGAGGGGACACUCUUCUUCCAGAAAUUCUGGGGAACUGGAAGGCCCAGACAGGACUGGACAUCCGAGACUGCUACGGCCAGACAGAAACGGGACUAACUUGCAUCGUUUCGAAGACAAUGAAAACCAAACCAGGAUACUUGGGAACAGCUAUUCCCAAUUAUGAUGUGCAGGUCAUAGAUGAUAAGGGCAAUGUCCUGCCCCCUGGCGAAAUAGGAGACAUUGGCAUCAGGAUCAAACCCAUCAAGCCUAUAGGCAUAUUCUGUGGCUAUGUGGACAAUCCUGAGAAGACAGCAGCCAACAUUCGAGGGGACUUUUGGCUCCUUGGAGACAAGGGAAUCAAAGAUGAAGAUGGAUAUUUUCAGUUUUUGGGGCGGGCAGAUGAUAUCAUUAACUCCAGCGGGUACCGGAUUGGGCCCUCGGAGGUAGAGAAUGCGCUGAUGGAGCACCCUGCCGUGGUGGAGACAGCUGUGAUCAGCAGCCCAGAUCCCAUCCGAGGAGAGGUGGUGAAGGCAUUUGUGGUCCUGGCCUCGCAGUUCCUGUCCCAUGACCCAGAGCAGCUCACCAAGGAGCUGCAGCAGCAUGUGAAGUCAGUGACAGCCCCAUACAAGUACCCAAGAAAGAUAGAAUUUGUCUUGAACCUGCCCAAGAAUAUCACAGGGAAAAUUCAACGAGACAAGCUUCGAGACAAGGAAUGGAAGAAGUCCGGACGAGCCCGUGCCCAGUGAAACGUCUAAGAGGCACUCAUUUGGAUUCCUCGUUUCUUUUUCUUUCUUUUCCCUUUGGGCCCUUGGCCUUCCUGUGACGAUAUGAGAUUCUUUAUGAAAGAAUAUGAAUGCAAUUUUUGUCUUUCCUUGGUUAUUAGCACAAAACAUUCCCAUGUUAGUUGCUAAAAGAAGAAAGAAAAGGAAUGAGAGAGAGUGAAAAGGAGAGUGUAACAGAAAAAGAGGAAAGAAAAAUAAGCCAGGGAAAUAUUAAAAGGGCAAGGGAAAGCAACUGAAAAAAGAAAUAAAGUAGGGAGGGUAGGAGAAAGGAAGGAGGAAUAAAAGAAAGAUGAGAUGAUGAGGGGGUGGGGCAGAAAAGACAGAAGAAAGAGAAUUGGAGGGAGAAUCAGAAAAAGCGAAGAAAGGAAAGAAAUAAAGAGAGAAAGAAGAAUAAAAGAACAUAAGAAAUAAAUAGAAUAAAAGAACAUAAUAAAUAAAAGAAUAAAAGAACAUAAGAAAGAGGGAGAUAGGGAGAAAGGAAGAGGAAAAUUUAAAAAAAAACAAAAGUAAUAAGAGAAACUGAUAAAGAAAAAUAAUAGAAGACAGGAAGAAUGGGAGAGAGGUAAGAAAGGAGGGAUACUUAUAAAUACUUCCACAGAUAGACAAGACUUGUGUGUGGGGUUGGGACAUUAGAAUCAUCCCCAAGUCAUCCCAAAACUUGGGACUGUCAGGAUCAGAGAGAAAUCACCAUUUAUUAAGCAUUUGCCAUGUGCCAGGCACUAACCCAGACACAUUAUAAAUACCACAUUGUUUCACCUCUGUGUGGCAUCUACAGACCUCAGAUCAUAACUGUGAGAACAACACAAGCACUUUCAAAGUUAUCAGCUACCCAUAGCUCAUGUUUUUGAUGCCAUUUACUCUUCCUAGAAUCAAAUAAUAAUUUUAAAACCAA